AUGGACUUCUGUGCGGCGGCGCUGAACGUGUUUCAGCUGGAGGCGCUGCCCAACUGGCCGGAGCGGGCGCGCGUGGCGUACCAGACGUUCGUGCGUGGGGGCAAGGCGCAUGUGACCAUCGACGAGCUCGUCAAGACGUUUGUGAGAGGAGGCAAGGCGCAUGUCACCAUUGACGAGCUCGUCAAGGAGUUGGGGCAGGUGGAGUCGAUGGCAAACGCGGCCCUGCUGGACGAGUGGACCAACUUUGACGGCACCGUCAGCUUCCUCGGCUUCACGCGUCUGGUGCACGGCCCCUCGCGCGCCCGCAAGCAGCGCCACGUGCGCGCCAAGCCCAAGCCCUCCGUCUCCCCCACGUCGUCCGGGAGAGUGAAGCACCCCCCUGGAGGUUCAGAGAUGAAACCCAUCCCGGAGGAUGGGGGGGAGGGGAAGGCGACACAGGGUAGUGGAGCGAUGGGGCAGGGGCAGGCAGGAGUGCAGCAGCAGCAGCAGCAGCAGCAGCAGCAGCAGCAGCAGCAGCAGCAGCAGCAGCAGCAGCAGCAGCAGCAGCAGCAGCAGCAGCAGCAGCAGCAGCAGCAGCAGCAGCAAGGACAGCAACAGCAACAGCAACAAGAGCAGGUGCAGGCAGAUCUGCAUUCUUUCAAACCCUACCAGCAGCAGCAGGCGGUGCCACCACAGGCGAGUGGGGAGGCAGUGGGAUUGGAUGCCACAGCAGCGGUGGCCGGGCUGGGAAUCCCCAUGUUCCAGUCUUACUCGCAGCAGCAGCAGCAGCAGCCGCAGCAGCAGCAGCACAUGGGGGCAUUGGGGGAAGGGGGAAGGUCGGGGGGGAGUGCUUCUGGGGGGAACAGAUUAGGGGCCAGCCGACUAGGGGGGAGCGGGUCAAGGGGAGACGCGAUGAGUGGGGGAACGAGAGGGAGUGUGAGUGAAGGGAUGGAUGCGCAAAGAGUGGUGGGGGAGUAUGGAGGGGGGGUUGUGGGGAGUAGCAAUGGGGAGGGCGAAUCGGCGGUGCGGCAAGCGAAGGGUGUGGGAUCGAUUCCAGACGGUGUCAUGUCGGCAGAAGAAGCGGUGGCGGCAGGAGGGCUGUGA